UUACAAGCCCAAAUCAUCCAGAGAAGUCCUACAAAAUGGAAUUUGUCGUUCAGAAAACCACAUACCUGUAUUAAAAUACUUCACACACGCACACUCAAUAUUCUGAAGCUUUGUGGUGCAAAUUUUGAAAAGGCAGCUUGCAUCUGAAACCAGCAGAUAAUGGUUGAUCCUGACAUUGGCUUCAGAUGACUUCCACUCAGCAUUCAUAGCCAGGCUAGUUCUUUACUAUUGCUUUUGUUUGAGGUAGUGUAUAUAAAUAUUGUAAGAGCUAAUUACUAUUCUACAGGAAAAUGGUGAGGAAAUUUUGUAAAAUGCGACUUCGAAAGUCUUGUAUGCAAAGAACCAGGGCAGAGAAGCAAUAAGAAGUUCUGUACUAAAAACAUAGAGUCCUCAUCCUAUAGGAUGCAGCAUCAUGGCUUAUAGCUGCUCAGAAAGUGUGUGACAAAUCAGCAACUACAGCUUGUCUGAAUCUUUACUGGAUACUUCAGUAAAUGCUUCAGAGCUGGGCCAGGGCUACAAACAUGAGCUUUGAAGCAGAGUUCUGAAAUUCCCUGAAACACUUAGUUGGGGGUCUAGUUUGGUCUGCUUCUUACACUGAGCUAAGCAGGAGGUUGAAAUAAAACCUCAAGGUCCACUGCAGUCUAUGUGAGACAGGUGAUGGAUGAAGGUUUUUGCCUUAGAGAUACCAUGCUGGUGACAAGAUGUGCUAUUAAACCAAAAGGAAUCUCUCCCAGUGGCCUAGAAUCUGCAAGUCUUGGACAAUAUUACAACAUUUAAUUUUAUUUUAUAUCAGUCCAAAUCGCCCUUCUUUUGUGCAGAAUAAAGGGCCAUGCUAGCAGUGUACUAUACCUUUACUCUUCAAAAAAUCCCUAGCCAAAACACUUCCCUAAAAUCAGCUAUUUAAUGCAGCCCCUUUGCCAGCCCAUUGUUGUGGGAACUCAGUCUUUCAUUUAUUUAUGAAACCGAACAGAUUCUUGUGUUGUGUGUGGAGCUGAAAUUGUAGGAUUCAAGUUUUUAUACCUAAAUAAUGAAUAAUGUCCUUGCAGAGUUUUCCUGAUCAAGAUGUACUGGGCCAGGCUUUCGAAGAUGCGCUAGAAGUACUGCAGCAGCACUCUGACAGAGAAAUGCAGUAUUCACCAGGAUAUAAAAACUGCCUGACUGUGAUCAACCACCACCAUCACCUCCGAGCGAGUCCCAGCUACUCUGCAGCACCAUCUACAGAGGACCCAGGGUACAGCUGGAGAAAUGUGGUUAACAGUGCAGUGGAUUUUUAUGCAGAAGAGACUGGCUACCAUACACUGCAGAAUACUCCAGAAAGCCAAGUGAUGCAUGCUGCUGCUGGCCAGCCAAAAACAGGGAAAGGCAGAAAAAAACUUCGACUGUUUGAGUACCUUCAUGAGUCUCUGUAUGAUCCAGCUAUGGCGAACUGCAUCCAAUGGGUGGAUAAGCCCAAUGGUGUCUUCCAGUUUGUCUCCAAAAACAAAGAGAAGCUUGCAGAGCUGUGGGGAGAAAGAAAGGGAAAUCGCAAGAUCAUGACAUAUCAGAAAAUGGCCAGAGCACUGAGGAAUUAUGGAAGAACAGGUGAAAUCGUAAAAAUACGAAGGAAGCUGACAUACCAGUUCAGUGCUGUUGUUUUACAGAGACUUGCUCCAUCUUAUUUCUUGGGAAAAGAAACAGUUUAUCAUCCGUACAUUCAGUCUAAUCAAGAAUAUCAGUGUGCAGAUGAGUGGAUCAGUUACAAUAAUUACAUGUAUAACAAUGGUUAUGCAGUACAGCAUGCUAACAGCUAGAUGUGCCUUUCACAUAAACAGGCCUUUGUUAGCUCAUAAUACUUCCCAGCACAGGAACUCUUCUCUGUACAUAGCUUUUCCUUGAAGAUGUCAUACAAACACACCAAAAGAUGGGUUUUGAAACUUG